GGCAGGAAGCUGCGCUACGAGAAGAGGGAGGAGACUGCAGCGACAGCAGAGGCUAGUGGAAGCCCAGGGUGGCAGAAGGUCCGCCGCUACCAAGAGGAAGAAGGACGCCCCCACAGGCUUAACACCAGGGAAUCAUCCUGUUUUACCGGCCCCGCCGCCGGCAUAGAUCCCUCCUCGCCUAAGAAUCCUCCCCUUUCAGCGCUGGCAAGCACACAUUCUACUGGAUAGUAGCCCGCUGAUCUUCCUUCUCAACAGGCUCUUAGCAGAGGCUGCAGCAAGGUGUCCGAAUUGGGCACGUAAGGCUCGCGAAUCCCUGCGGUGGACGCCCAGCAGGGCAAGACAAUUGGUGGGGACCAAGAAGAAGAAGGGGGAUGGGCUGGAAUCCGGCAGGAGAUAAGGGGCAUGAAGACCUCCAACACACAAGAGGCCGAAGGACAACAAACCAGAUCCUCUGCAGGACGAGCCACUGGGUCAGCAAACUUCACAAAGAAGAAAUCAUCCCAGAAGAGGCAGAGAGGCAGACCUUCAUCCCAGCCCCGCAGAAACAUCGUGGGCUGCAGAAUUUCUCACGGAUGGAAGGAAGGCGAUGAGCCCAUCACCCAGUGGAAAGGGACCGUUCUGGAUCAGGUGCCUAUAAAUCCCUCUCUUUAUCUAGUGAAAUAUGAUGGAAUUGACUGUGUCUAUGGAUUGGAACUUCACAGAGAUGAAAGAGUUUUGUCUCUUAAAAUUCUUUCCAACAAGGUGGCAUCAUCACAAGUUAGUGACGCCAACCUUGCAAAUACCAUAAUUGGCAAAGCAGUGGAACAUAUGUUUGAGGGUGAGCAUGGUACCAAGGAUGAAUGGAGGGGGAUGGUCCUAGCCCAAGCACCUAUCAUGAAAGCCUGGUUUUAUAUUACCUAUGAGAAGGAUCCUGUCUUGUACAUGUAUCAGCUUUUAGAUGACUAUAAAGAAGGUGAUCUCCGCAUCAUGCCAGAGUCCAGUGAGUCUCCACCAGCAGAAAGGGAGCCAGGAGGAGUGGUUGAUGGCCUAAUAGGCAAACAUGUGGAAUAUACCAAAGAAGAUGGCUCCAAAAGAAUCGGCAUGGUUAUUCACCAAGUAGAAGCCAAACCUUCUGUGUAUUUCAUCAAGUUUGAUGAUGACUUUCAUAUCUAUGUCUAUGAUUUGGUGAAAAAGUCCUAAAUGUUGGGGUAAAAUUUCCCACAUUUGUGGAAAUAAAUCCAUAAUUUGUAGACAUGCCAAAAAAUGCUGCUUUUUACUGUAUUGAAAGUCUAGGGGUACCUGAUGACCAGCAUAAUUGUAAUUUUGUUCUGAAAAAUACAAAUUUAUGUGGAUGUGACAUGCUGUGUAUAGGCACUUUCUCUUAAAAAGUUUGGGUGUGUUUGGUGGAUGGGGCAUGAAAAGAAGGAACAGCUGUCAAUUGAGUCUGUGAAUAAAGUGCAGCAAAGAAACUAUCAUCAUUCAUCUGAAAAUGGACUGGCCUUUAGCUGGUCUGGUUAAGGGGGGAGGGCGUUGGGGGGGACUAGUUAUGGGCUGUAGGGAAAGAGAGAGGAUGAGGCCACUGUUUAAGAACAGGAGAAAAGGGAUCAGGAAGAAGGAGGCUUCCCGGAAGAGGUACAAACUAUGAAGGGGAAACAUCCAGGUGGGAGAAUAGCAAAGGAUAACAGAGAGUGAGAUCUUGGAGCUUGGAGGAAAGCAAAAUGAACUGAGUAGAGAGGGCCACAAGGAUGGUCACAAGAGGUCCAGUUGGUAGGGAUCUGGAGAGAGUUCUAAGACAUACAGAGAGAGAGACAGACAGACAGGCAGAGUCUGUCAUAGGUAUCAGGCCAGAAAGGAGGGGAUACUGAGCAAGGGAGAAUUCUAAGAAGAAAGACUGAUGAGGGGAUGAGAAUAGAGUAAAAGAGGUGUGGAGAGUGGGGUUCGUAAGGGAUUUUAGGCUCAGGAAUCAGUUGGACUCCUGGCAGUAUCCACAUUGACCUCUGUGGCUUUGUGCACAAAGAAAGUGACAACUGUCUAAGAAGGCAAGUAUGAAAGUUCUCUAGAAGGGCAUUUUGGUGGGGAUGAUUCAGAUGAGUUAAGCAGGAGGCAAGUUUAUACCUGUAAGGCUUUUCUUGUUUCAGGGAGUUUGUGCCACAUCUGCGGAGCAGAACCUCAAUUCUCAGCCUAAACUCACACGGUUCUCCAUAAACUGGGCUGUGGGAGAGUAUGCUAUGCAGGAGAAUGGAACCUUGCUGAACCCAAGUACAGCAGUCCCAUCACUGGUCUUCCUCUUGCUGGGGCAUCACAGGAUAGAGCCUAAUGUCUGUCAGGGCAUGAGGAAUACUUUGACGGUCCAUGCUUCUUUCAGCAUCUGCCUGAAACCUCAUUUGGCUGCACCAAAGGGAGGUUCUCACACACUAGAAACUCCCCUUCUCUCUUGACCCUCACCCCCAAAGCUUCUGGCUAUUUACAUCUCACUUAUAAUUCUUCAACAGUGUUGAUGCCCCCGCAAACCCGUGGGGAGCAGUAUUGCAAAUGUGUACAACUCUUUCUUUCCAGGUGAUGUAGUUGCCGUGGAAAGCUGGCCUGGGAAACGUGAUUUUGUAUAAGUAAUUAGUUUGACUGUAUAAUGAAUGCUACAUGGAGCUGUUGUGGACAAAAGGAGUGGCAACCACAAUAAAGUCCCUCAGAACUGUGGUGUCCA